CACACUUACGGGAGAUACUAGAGGGGCCAGAUCGUAAAUAUAAAUAGUACAGGGACAGUGCUACUACUACAAAACCACACAUUUCUCAUCACCCGUUGGCCAAGGUGAAAACGCGUGGGGAGAAAAACUUGUAUAUCUAUAGCGGUUUCUUGGGAUGUAUACAUCAUUUGUUUACUUUAAACAUUUAAGUUGUUGAAGUUCUACAGUGUUGAUUUUUAGUAUUAUUGAUCUCUCCACGUCGUAACCAUGCCAUCGGUGGAGUGUGAAAACAAAAGGACAGAGGGAAGUUGGUGGAAGCGCCGGACCCUACUAGAGAAAAUCCUAAUAGUGCUAAUCGUGGUGAUUAUACUAGUCGUAUUACUACUAGUCAUUCUGCUUGCUUUGGGAGUAGCCAGUUACAAGGAACAGCAAGAUGAUAUAUGCACCACUCCUGGCUGCGUGCAAGCAGCUUCAUCAGUGUUUAAAGGUAUAGACUUUCAUGUGAAUCCCUGUGACAACUUUUACAACUUUGCCUGCGGGAACUGGAGGAAAACACAUGUGAUUCCAGAGCACCGCACAUACCUGGCGAGUUUCAGUGUCCUCAGGGAGGAAGUUCAUGUCACUCUGAAAUAUUUGCUUGAAGGGGAAUCAAAGCCCAACGAACCAAAAGGCUGUACAAAACGCAAAGAAAAUGUACAAGUCGUGUAUCAAUAUGAGUAUGUUGUUUCCAACCUAAAUUCAAAUAUUGAGGAACGAAACUUGUCCGCAGCUGUUGAGCUGCUGAACUCGUUCGGGGGUUGGCCGGCACUUGGAGAUCGACCUGGAGGACGUUGGGACGAAAACUCCUUCGACCUUGGUCUCUUGUUGAGCCAGUUGAUGCUGUAUUACAAUAACCCAUUGAUAGGGUUUUACGUGUCUGUGGACACCAAGAACUCAAGUGCCAGGAUCAUAUUUGCGGACCAGCCAGGCUUGAAUAUGCCUGGUCGUAGCUUCUUCCUGAGGGGACGUAACGAUGAGAAGCUAUUGGCGUAUGAAAACCUGAUCAAAUCGGUUCUGCUUGACUUUGGUGCUGAUCCUGCAACUGUCGACGCAGAUGUUAAUGAUCAGAUCGAGUUCGAAAUAGCAUUAGCUAAUAUAACCAUACCAUCUAACUUGCGUCGUAAUAGUGAGGAUUUAUACAACAAAUACACAGUUGGUGAUCUCGCCACAAGUUUUCCUGAACCGACCAAAUUUAAGUUUGUAUGGAAAGAAUACAUAAAUGGUGUGUUUGGAAUGGAUAACAUCAAGAUGCAAAUUGAGGACGACGAACCAAUCAUAGUAGAAGAACCAAGAUAUUUUGACAAACUUUUUGUAACUCUGGAAAAAUUCUCAAAAAGGACUAUUGCUAACUACGUGAUUUGGAGUAUUAUGCAAAAUAGAAUUGCUAACCUACCUGCCAGAUUUGAAAAUAUGAUGACAAAAUACAACAAGGUACUUACUGGGCGAAUGGGCAGUCGGCCACGAUGGCAGAAAUGUACAUCGUUUGUCAACAGUAACUUCGGCACGGCUGUUGGGCGUUUGUACGUCAAGGAAAAAUUUGAGGAAGAGGCUAAAAAUGACAUGAAUCUGAUGAUUGAUGGAAUACAGAAAGCCUUCGGAGAGUUACUUGAGGAACUUACCUGGAUGGACGAUGAAACUAAGUCGCUAGCUAAGGAAAAGGCUGUAUAUAUGCAGAGAAAAAUUGGAUACGAUGAUUUCAUUUUAAAUGAUACCUCACUUGAUGCUGGUUAUAAAAAUUAUACAAUGAAUGAAGACAAUUACUUUGGAAACAUCCUCAAAUUACUCAACUUAUGGGUAUCCGGUGAUUUCAGAAAGCUUCGGCAGCCUGUUAAUAAAAACAUCUGGACAACUUCACCUGCCACUGUCAACGCUUACUACAAUUCGCCAUACAACAGGAUCAUGUUUCCGGCGGGUAUACUUCAGCCUCCGUAUUACCAUAAAGAUCAGCCAAGAUCCCUGAACUUUGGUGGUAUAGGCAGUUUGAUCGGUCACGAGAUUACGCAUGGCUUUGAUGAUCAAGGGCGUCAGUAUGACAAGUAUGGAAACCUGAACCAGUGGUGGGGAGAUGAGGUCAUCGACGAGUUCAUCAAUACCUCAAAAUGUUUCAUAAGACAGUAUGACCAAUUCUCAUACCCUGAAGCUGGCGGCAAAUACAUGGACGGCUAUCAGACUUUGGGUGAAAACAUAGCCGACAAUGGUGGACUGAAGCAAGCUUUUAAGGGAUACAGGGCCUGGGUUGCAUCACAAGGAAAAGAGGAACCUUCACUUCCCAGCUUAAACCUAACACACAGCCAGCUAUUCUUUGUCAAUUUUGCUCAGAUUCGAUGCAGUAAUCAUCGAAAAGCCGAUGCGAUUCACCACAUCCUGACCGGUCAACACAGUCCGUCAAGAUUCAGGGUUAUUGGAACACUCCAGAAUAUGAAAGAAUUUUCGGACACCUUCAAUUGUCCUGUAGGAAGCUACAUGAACCCAGGACACAAAUGUCGGCUAUGGUAGACAUCUUUUCCAACUGUGGUUGACAUUCGAAAUGAUAGAUGUUCUUGAUUACGAUGGUUGAACAUAUAUUGUUGAUGUCUUUCUUGAUUCUAAUUAUUUUUAUACUAUUAACUCUGAAUACGUCCAUGUUAGCUUUUGUAGACGCCAUAACUAAAAGCUAUAAUAGACUAUUUUAUUAACUCUAUAGAUGUCUAAGUAAGCAAAAAUAGAAACCCUAAAAAGUUUUACUAGCCUUUGUUAGCUCCGGUAGGCGUCUUUAUUAGCUCUUGUAGACGUCGUUGUUAACUCUUGUAGACGUCGUUGUUAGCUCUUGUAGACGUCUUUAUUAGCUCUUGUAGACGUCGUUGUUAGCUCUUAUAGGCGUCUUUACUAGCUCUAGUAGGCGUCUUAGCUCUUGUAGGCGUCUUUGUUAGCUCUUGUAGGCGUCUUUUCUAGCUCUUGUAGGCGUCUUUGUUAGCUCUUGUAGGCGUCUUUUCUAGCUCUUGUAGGCGUCUUUGCUAGCUCUGGUAGGCGUAUUUGCUAGUUUUGGUAUCAUCUUUGUAAGCUUUGUCCAUGUCAGCUACAGUAGAUAUCCUUAGUUAUGAUUAACGUCUGUAUUAAGUUUUGUAGACAUCAACAGCUGCGGUAGACUUGCCUUUGUCGGCUCUUGUAGACGUCUUUGUGUUCGUUGCGGUAGACGUACUUGCUUUCUUUAGUAUGAGGCCCUUUUUAGCUCGUCUCUUCGAAAAAGAGUGAGAGCUUAUGUCGUCACUCCGACGUCGGCGU